AUGAAGAGUCCUGUCUUUCCCUUUGCUUUAUUUUUCUUUCUGGCCCCAUUGCCACCAGGAGCCAUGACAGACACCUAUAGUUGCUUUGUCAUGAGAGGUAAAUGUAGACAUGAGUGCCAUGAUUUUGAAAAACCAAUUGGUGUCUGCACAUAA